UAUCCCUGGGAGAGGUGACGGAUGGGGGAUCCGGACUCCUAGGUCUCGGAGGGGAGGUUGACGGGGGCCAAGAAACCUGGGUGUGAGGGAGGAGGAGUCUGGGGGCCUGGACUUUUGGCUACCACCCUCCAGUGUAUUUGUGUGUUGGGGACGUGGAAGUGAUAAGAACACAAAAGAAUCUUUUCUCUUCAGCCUUAAGCAUAUUUGCGGUAUGUGAGAUGGAUUUUUGAUUGAUUUCUAGGACACCCGGGUUUCCUUGUGACUUCACCAGAGUUGAAGAGGUGGGCAAGAGUACUGAGAGUUUAUUGGAGAUGCAGACUCUUGCUCCACACACACUAAUGGACCAAGACCGGGAGAGACCCUCGGUGCCUGAGCGGAGAGGAGCUAGGGUCCGGCCUCCUGCGUCCUUUAAAGCCUCCCUGCCCGCCCCACAAUGUGGCAACCUCUGGUCCUGCUGCUGCUGCUCCCCUCUGCCUUGGUGCCCCCCUCCGCUGCAGCACCGAUCCGCGCUGCUGAUGCCCAGGAGAGCUCCUCGGGUAUUCUGGGCCUCCAGAGCCUAAUCCAAGGCUUCACCCGGCUGUUCCUCAAAGAUGACUUUCUGCGGGGCAUGGACAGCUUCUUCUCUGCCCCCAUGGACUUCCGGGGCCUCCCCAGGAAUUACCACCAAGAAGAGAACCAGGAGCACCGGCUGGGGAACAACACUCUCUCUAGCCACCUCCAGAUCGACAAGGUGACAGACAACAAAACUGGAGAGGUGCUGAUCUCCGAGCAGGUGGUGGCGUCCAUUGAGCCGGGAGAGGGGAAUUUGGAGAGUGACUGGAAGGUGCCCAAGAUAGAGGAGAAGGAGGCCCUGGUGCCUGUCCCUAAAGCCAUCGACACCUUCCGCCCUGAACCCCAUCCCCGAGUUGCCUUCUGGAUCAUGAAGCUGCCACGCAGGAGAUCCCACCAGGAUGUUCGGGAGGGCGGCCGCUGGCUCAGCGAGAAGCGACACCGCUUGCAGGCCAUCCGGGACGGGCUCCGCGAGGGGACCCACGAGGACAGCCUCCAAGAGGGGACCCAGGGAUCCUCCCACUCAAAGCUGCCCGCCCGCAAGACCCACUUCCUGUACAUCCUCAGGCCCUCCCAGCAGCUAUAGGGGUGGGGAGGGAGCUGGAGAACACCUGCAUGUACCGCCCCCCCCCCCCCCCCCCCCCCGCCAGACCCCACCCCAAGCUCCAUAUGGAAAUAAAGUUCUUACAUCUAGCAGCACUUUCUCCUUUCAGGAUCUGUCCCCAGGCCUCAGCCGACUGGGUCAUGGCAAGCCCCCUCCCCCCAAUCCUAGCCUGGAAAGCGACAUCUGGCUGUGCCACAGGCUCUCGCCAAGGUCGCCAGGGCUCAGUUUUCUCACUCCCCGGCGUUGUCUGUCUGCUCACUGAGCAGCUCUGUCCCCUCCAUCCCCAUCCAUCAUCCCCUCAGUCGCUGACCUUGUCACCUGUCUGCCCUGUCUGCCCUCCUGUUCCCAACAGGGGAGGAUUGUUGCACAAUCGAGUCUUGGGGUUGUCCCAAGGACCCUGCUUCCUCACUGGUUGUGACCUGGGGCCACCCAUCCUCAGCUCCUAGAAGCCUCUCUCCGGUCCUUGUGUGUGUACCCUACACCUCAGAUCCAGAAUCUUUCGGACUCUCCCUUCUGCCCCAUCUUCCUUCUGCCUUCUCCUCCUCUUCCAGCGGGAGACAGUUCUCUCUGCCUUUAUGGGCUCACAGGAUUGGAUCGGGCCCACCAGGACAGCACACUUCCCAGGAUCCAGGAACUGGAGAAGAUGGCCAUCUUUGGGGACUAGGAUUCUCCUACCACAGGUCCGGAUCCUGUCACCUCCAGGCCCCUCUUUGUUAACAUCCACACCUGCCCAUUUUCACGCUCUCGUUUUGAUCUUUUCAUUCCCUGACUCUCGACUUACAUGCUGACUUCAUCUUCGACUUGCUCUGUUUGUCUCUCCCUUUGUCCCUCUGCCUGUCCGUCUGUGCCAACACCUCAGACUCCAUCUCUGCCGGCCAGACCUGAUGCCUCAGCCAAACCUGGAAGUUCACAGACCCUGUCCAUUUUGCCCCAACAUCUAUUCCCUCCAAGAACCCUCCCUCAAGACCUCUCCCUCAUCUAGAAGGCACAUCAGGGUCUUCCUGGAGCUGAGUCCUGCAGGGGAUGCGGACAUGAGGAACUUUCUCCCUUGAAGCCCAGGCUCAGAGUCAGAUCACCCCACAGAAAGACCCAGCACAUUCAGGAGCCUAGAAACACAUGGGCAUAAAUAAAAGUGAACUUUCUUUUGAAAAUUGA